AUGCCUUCGACCGUAGGUCGCUCGUCGGCCGCAGCACACCCAGAGUUUCCGACUGUCGAAGUCGAGUUUGGAGGUCAGAAGGUCGAUGUACCGAAAGGUGGUUACUAUGACCGUUAUCGUAUGAACCCGAACUUGAACGAGGUAGCCCGCGAUCCGGCUAUCGGACCCGACCUGGACUUCUUCCGGAAGACCCCAAAGAAGCUAGUCGAUUCGAGGGUCGGUCAGACAUACGCACCCAACUUCUACUAUCGCACCAAGAGCGUCCAGCUUGUCUUCAUUGCACCCCUUGACAGAUUGAAGGUGAAGCUCCCGUCACCCUUGGAGCCUAUCACAGCAUUGCCCGGUUACGGUUUGGUCGCGUUGACAUUUUACUCAUACCUCAUCUGCGACAACGAUCCUUACAACGAGGUCUCGAUCGCUAUCAUCGUCCGUCAGCCGGGUAAGGGUAGUUACAGUACGACCCAGCUACUCGGCUCGAUAUGGAAUCGAACUUUCUACGGGUAUGUGUUGGCUCUACCUGUCAAUACCGAGAUCGCUCGAGUACGAGGUGUAUACGGAUACCAACUUCCCAAAUGGCUUGCCAACAUCAAUCUGGAGAUGAACGAAGACAACAUCAAGGCCGACAUCACCGCGACCGAUGGGACACCCGAUCUAGCGUUGGACAUACCCCUUCCGGCCCUAAAGGCCAUCCCAUCGCAAACUUCAAUCGGGACCAACAACGCGAUCAACGAGAUCGACAGGAAAUGGUACCAGGUGACAGUUCAGACGAACCCACUUCUAGGGGCACAGUGUCUUUUCCCUCGGAACGUCAAGGCCUCUCGGAGCGAAGGUCCACUUAGCAAACUCCUCAACGAAUUGGGUGCUUCGACCAUCCUACGGAUGGACGUCCUCAAGGAUGCACAGAUGAUCUUGAACAUGCCAACACCUUUGAAGGCAUUCGAUAAUACCAAGCUUUGA